AUGACUCCAGAAGAAGCCACCAUCAUAGAAAUGCAGGAACCAGUUUCAUUGACCUUUGCCCUGCGGUACAUGAACUCCUUCACAAAGGCCACUCCAUUGGCAAACCAAGUGACAAUCAGCAUGUCAUCAGAUCUACCGGUGGUGGUUGAAUACAAAGUUGCAGAAAUGGGAUACAUCAGGUUCUAUUUGGCUCCCAAAAUUGAAGAAGAUGAGGAGACUGCAGCUCACGCACCAAGCCAACCUAACACAGAGGUUAAGCCUAAAGUGAAAGUGGAGUAUCAGCCACAAGAGAUUGACCUUGAAGAGGCAAGCAAGCCUCUAGUUGAAAACAAGACUGAAGUGGCGGCCAAACUUGAGACUGAAGCUAAUGGUGAGGUUGCAAUCAUCGAUGUGAAAAUGGAGUCUAAGCCUCUAGAAGGGACUGACCUUGAAAAGGAAGGCAAGCCUCUGGUUGAAAGCAAGACUAAAUUGGAGACCAAUGGUGAAGUUGAAGUCAUGGAUGUUGAGUAG